AUGCAACCUGCGAUGCCACCACCAAGGUCUCCCUCCAGAAAUUUUAGGGGGCCCCAAGAUCCCACAAUGGCAUCUACCAUCCGAGGAAAUGCUACCCAUGUCUUGAAGCGAUCUUUCUCGACACCUUCAGUGGGUGGUGUAGCAUCAACAUCGUUCUUAGAGUCUCAACCACUAGCGCCGCAGAUGAAUGAAAAGAAGAGAAACAAGCUAGGCUACCAUAGAACAUCGAUUGCCUGUGGUCAUUGUCGCCGACGCAAAAUACGCUGCAUUAUAUCCUCCGAGGACCAGAAUCGAUGUGUAAACUGUAUACGGCUCAAGAAAGAGUGCAGCUUUCACCCGGUAGACCAGCAGCAACCAUAUGAUCAGAAACUGCCGCCUCAAACGCCCACUGGAUCCAGCAUCGCGACGGCCUCCUCAUCGCCGGCAAUAUCUCGUGGCAGUUCCGUUGACCAAGGAUCACAACGACAGAAUUAUCCUGCCAUACCUGUUGCGCAGGUGCCGAACAUUGGAGCCUCAACACCUCAAAGCGAAUACUUUCCGCCGACCUUGGAAGGUUCAGCGAACUCCAUGCAAUCCGGAUCAUCGUAUGGUGUAGGCGAGCAGCCCUCAAGAAGCUGGGUGUCUACAGACACAGAUCCAAGCGCAAUGUCGAAACCUCGCGGUCAAAAUAUGUGGCAACAGUCAUAUCAAGGAGACGUUUCAAUGAGCUUAGGUGGCCAGAUUUCUCCAUACACAGAUCCGAAUACCGUGUCUGCCGCCUGGGCAAAUUCGAAUUUUGGACAUGGAAAUGAAAUGGGGUGGAAUAGCGGCAUGCCACCACCUCCUCGAUCGAUGUCCUUUAGCGGAGAAGUUCUAGGUAGCCAUCAUACACCUCAGUACUAUCCAACACCACAUCAUAAUCCGGUUUACGAAAGGCAGACCCAGCAUUUUCCUCACAUCUACGGCGCGGUGCCUGUUAACGAAACGGACGAGAAUAUUGAACAAGCCAUCGAUCCAGCAAUAAUGGGCGCUGCUGUGCCCUCGACAGCGCCUGUACCUUGGCAGCAGCAGCAGCAACAACAACAACACCAGCCGCAGCCGCAGCAGCAUCAGCAGACGCAGCAACAUCAACAUCAACACCAGCACCAACAAGUACAAGACACACAGGUAGGAGGUGCUUACCGUGGGUGGACAGGGUAUGGUGAGAAUGAUGGGGCAGGUCGCAUGUAG